UCUUCCAUGGCUGGUGGUUCGUUCGACGAGACGCCGCCAAAUCCCGGCGCGAACCAAAAAGCGCGGGAAAAUUUCGCGCACCCGCGCCUUCUCCCUCUCCGGCUAUAAAGAUCCCCGCGGCCGCGGCUGCCUUCCCCCCUCCUUUUCCCCCACCGAUUCCACCAGAUGGGCCGCAAGAGGAGGGCUAGGGUUUCCCGCGACGGCGAUGACGAGGAGGAGGAGGAGCCUGCGCCGGCGGCCGCCGAGGGAAGGAGCCUCUACGAGAUUUUAGGUGUUGAGAGGACCGCUUCACAACAGGAAAUAAAGAAGGCUUAUCACAAGUUGGCCUUACGUCUUCAUCCAGAUAAGAAUCCUGGAGAUGAGGAAGCCAAGGAGAAAUUUCAGCAACUGCAGAAGGUGAUAUCUAUCCUUGGGGAUGAGGAGAAAAGGGCAUUAUAUGAUGAGACUGGAAUUACUGAUGAUGAUGCACUGGUUGGAGAUGCUGCAGACAAUCUUCAAGAGUACUUCAGAGCUGUCUACAAAAAGGUUACUGAGGCCGAUAUUGAAGAAUUUGAAGCUACUUACAGAGGGUCAGAUUCUGAAAAAAAGGACUUGAAGGAUCUAUAUACAAAAUUUAAGGGCAAAAUGAACAGGCUUUUCUGUUCAAUGAUUUGCUCAGAUCCAAAGCUUGAUUCCCAUCGCUUUAAGGAUAUAAUCGACAAGGCAAUUGCUGAAGGUGAGCUGAAAUCAACCAAAGCAUAUGAGAAAUGGGGCAAGAAGAUCUCUGAGAUAGAGCCUCCCACAAACCCAUUAGAGAGAAGAGUGAAGAAAAAGAAGAAAAGCGAGGAGAACGAUCUGAUCCUAGCGAUCUCGCAGCGCAGGGCGCAGAGGAAGGACCGGUUCGACUCGGUGCUCUCGUCCAUAAUGUCCAAAUGCGACGCCAGGGGGAGCAGCAGCUCGGAGCCCACGGAAGAGGAGUUUGAGCGAGCUCGUCAGAGGCUCGAGAGCAGGCGUGCCAAGAACCCAAAACGCACCGAACCUCCCUCUCUCUCUCUCUCUCCCUCUCCCUCUCCCCUCCCCCUCCAACUGCUCGCGCAAAGCUUCCACCCCCAAGCCCUAGCGCCAAUGGAGUCGCAGGUGGUGGUGGCGCUGGCCCUCUCGCUCGUCGGCGGCCUCAGCACCUCCGUCGGUGCGCUGUUUGUGAUUUUGAAUCCGACACCUAAUCUUAAGAUGCUUGGGCUUCUACAGGGCUUUGCUGCUGGACUUAUGUUGAGCAUUUCCUUUCUAGAUUUAGCACACAAUGCACUGAAUUCUAUUGGCUUCUUGAAGGGCAACCUUUGGUUUUUUGCUGGAGUUCUUUUCUUUGGUUUGGUUGUCAAGUUUAUUCCAGAGCCAACCAUUGUGCCAACAACUGAUGCAGGCAAGAAGCAGACUGACGAUGAUGGGUCAGGUAAAGAUAUGAUGAAAAAACAUCGUCGGCAAGUAUUAUUCAGUGGGAUCAUUACUGCUGUUGGAAUCAGCUUGCACAAUUUCCCAGAGGGGAUGGCAGUAUUUUUGGGAUCCGUGAAGGGCCUUCGUGUGGGACUGAACUUGGCUAUUGCUAUUGCUUUACACAACAUACCAGAGGGGGUUGCUGUAGCUCUGCCACUCUAUUUUGCUACCAAAAGCAAAUGGCAAGCAUUUAAAGUUGCAACUCUCUCUGGUUUCGCUGAGCCACUAGGAGUUAUUGUUGUUGCUUACUUGUUUCCAAGAAGCUUAAAUCCUGAAGUUCUUGAAGGCCUACUUGGUUCAGUUGGUGGUGUUAUGGCCUUCCUUACUUUGCAUGAAAUGUUACCUCUGGCAUUUGACUAUGCUGGUCAAAAGCAAGCUGUCAAAGCAGUCUUUGUUGGCAUGGCCUUCAUGUCUGCAAGCUUGUAUUUCUUGGAGAUCAGCCUACCAAAGGAGGUGAGCUUGUAGCACAAACUAGUCUGCAACCAUAGAAGCUUGUCGCAGAUCCUCUGAAUUGAAGCUGAGAACUUAGAAGGGUUGUCCUUUUUCUGAGCACUACCAAGGCAGGGACGUGGGAAUGAUGGAGGAUUUGCCAUUUAUCAAACAGAAACGAGGAUUUAUGGCUAGAUUCACGCGUUGGCCAUAUGUAUGCUAUUACAACUGGUCAUUUUAUUUGACCAUUUUAUAGUGAACAAGAACAAUUUGGUCGUGGGUGGCAAACACCACCCAGAAUCAGAAUGUAACCUCCGGAUUUGUUGGGGAGGAAUAGGAGACAGCUUGAACUAACAGUCA